AUGGAGCUAUCAUAUCAUAUCCUUUGUGUGAUUAUUGUCAUCUUUGGCAUCCUUUUUCUAGCCAUUUGGCUCAUUUGGAGGCCCAACAAGGUCUAUUUCCACGUGUCAGAUGCCUCAUUGGCGAAAUUCGAUUUCUCUCCAUCAACCAAUACCCUUGACUAUGACCUUAACCUCAACUUCGAGAUAAGAAACUCCAAUGAAAAAAUUGGCGUUAAGUAUGAACUCAUAGAGGCAAAAUCGAAUUUCCAUCAAAAGAAAUUUGCCACAACGAACUUUGAAUUGUUCUCUCAGGAUUCUAAGAACAUGACUAUUUUGCAUCAGGAGAUCAAGGGUCAAAGCGAUGUUCAAUUCGGAGAUAGAGAGAAAUUGGAUUACGAAAAUGAGAAGAAAAAUGGAGCUUUUAAUAUUUACACAAUGUUUAACGUUCACAUGAGGCUAAAAUCAGGUUGGAUCACAACGGGAAAGAUUAAGUUUGUUGUUGGCUGUGGACUAAAGGUUCCACUCAAGUCUGAUAAUACAUCACCUUCUACUUUUCAAAGAACUAAUUGCAUGGUCUUUCCUAGUUGGGCCUCGUAA